UGUCAGCAUUCUUGGCAGGUAACUCUUUCCUAUUGACCACCACCAUGGCCUCAACUUCCUUGCCCUCAUGCUCACCUAACCUCAUGCCGUUUCAUAUUGAUUACGAUGGACCCGCAUCUAUCUCGACGUUUUUUCGCGUCGAAGAGCGCGUCACCGAGAAUUCGGAUGAGCCCAAACCUGUGCCAGAUGAGCCGAAGGCGGAAUCCUCUACGACAGCUACAGCAGUACCUCCAUCUCUUGCCAGACGUGCAGCCACGUAUUUUGUCUCAAGCUUUCGAGGACGUACGCUUCAUGGUAAAACGAUCCACGUCCCGAAGGGCUAUACGGGGUUGGUGUGGAAGAAUAUAGAGGGAGUCAAGAAAGGGAAAGGAAAAGGGAAGGCCACACAUGAUGGCCCCUCGAGCAGCGCCGCACGUCGCUUUCGACGAAACAGGCAGAAUGAGGAUGAGGAUGAAGAUGCACCGACCGCGAAGUCCUCCGCACCCGUUCUCACACCCACCGCCCAGUUUUCCUCCUUCGUUCUCUGGCAUCCGGACACAUUGGGAAGAGAGAAAGAUGACGAAUAUGUUAGAAGUCUAGAUGAAUGGACCAAGUUGUCAGAGCUGAUUCAUUAUGUACCUGGCGAUGAAUGACUUAAUCCUUGUUUCAUCUAUGGAUAGACCGUCGAUUUAUGUUACCCAAUCAAUACCUACUCAAUUUUUGAGCAGAGAGAGUUUUACAAAGGUGUAGAUACUAUAACCUUCACAAGUCAUAGCUCAACAUUCUCUUCCAACAUAACAGACAUUGGGCUCUCCAGAGCUUUAUUUCUCAAUAGAACACCACAUGCCAGAAAGCAGCUACACAGCUCCUUGUUGUCCAGCUCCCUUCACUAUCCUCAACCUGCUUGUUUCAGAUGUUGUUACUCAGAUCUUCAAUGGUUCCCAUACUUUCAUUACACCUACACCAAUGCAUGCAAAUGACUUUUUUAUGCCACAUACAGAUGAUUUACCAUAGAG